CGUCCCACGUAGGGCGCGGGCACUAGUGCGCGGCGGCAGAGCUGCCCCCAUGACGCUUCAGGCCGUGUUGGUGGAUCGGGCAGGGCGCCAGGCGGCAGCGCCGUUGAUGGUCGCAUCCCCACGUACCGCUCCUCAAGUUGACAGAUCUCGAGGGUCCUAGAGAAAACUGAGAGACCGGUAGAGAGAAGGGGAAGAAGAAAAGAGCUAGAAAGGAAAGAGUAGGCAAGAAAAGAACGAAAAUCGAGGGAAGAGGGAAAGAAGCUCACGAAACGAGCAAAAGAAAGGCAUCGGGGGAGAGGAACGGGUUGAGAUCGCUGUGCAACCCAGUCUCUCCCCAAGAAGCCUUCCUGAUGUUGUGGCUUUAACUGCUCGUGUCUCCAAAGAGUGGGAAAGGAGCGGGGCAGGGAGAUCCCCGCGCUUCUUUCUUUUAAUCAAGGAAGCAAAACGCCAUGGAGUUUCGAAAAGAAGAGUUUAAGAAGUUGGCUGGAAGGACCUUGGGGCAGAUAAACAGAAUUUUAGAAAGGAAGCAGCCCGGUGGGGAGACCAUCGAGCUGACAGAAGAGGGGCGGCCUGUUGAAGUGUCUGAGAAAGCCCAGCCCAUCAUAGACUGCACCUGCUUUGGCCUCCCUCGCCGUUACAUCAUCGCCAUCCUCUGCGGUCUGGGUUUCUGCAUCAGCUUUGGCAUCCGAUGCAACCUGGGCGUGGCCAUUGUCAGCAUGGUUAAUAAUAAUACCGUCUAUGAAGGGGAUAAAGUCAUUGUGAAGAAAGCUGAGUUCAACUGGGAUCCAGAGACAGUAGGCAUGAUCCACGGGUCAUUCUUCUGGGGUUACAUCGUCACCCAGAUCCCAGGGGGGUUCAUAUCACAGAAAUUUGCAGCUAACAGAGUUUUUGGCUUUGCCAUUGUGGCAACCUCUACUUUGAACAUGCUCAUUCCCUCAGCUGCUCGGGUCCAUUUUGGCUGUGUAAUCUUUGUGAGGAUCUUACAAGGACUUGUUGAGGGAGUCACAUACCCAGCAUGCCAUGGUAUCUGGAGCAAAUGGGCACCUCCUUUGGAACGUAGCCGCUUGGCCACAACAGCUUUCUGUGGUUCUUAUGCUGGGGCAGUGGUGGCCAUGCCUCUUGCUGGGAUUCUUGUUCAAUAUUCAGGAUGGAGCUCUGUAUUCUACGUCUAUGGGAGCUUUGGUAUUUUCUGGUAUAUAUUCUGGCUGAUGGUUUCCUAUGAGAGUCCUGCACAGCACCCCACCAUCACGGAGGAAGAGAAGAAGUAUAUAGAGGAAAGCAUCGGAGAGAGUGCCAGCCUUAUGAAUCCCCUUAUGAAAUUCAAAACUCCAUGGCGUAAGUUCUUCACAUCCAUGCCAGUUUAUGCCAUAAUUGUAGCCAAUUUUUGCCGAAGCUGGACAUUUUAUUUACUUUUAAUCAGCCAGCCAGCCUAUUUUGAAGAAGUCUUUGGCUUUGAAAUCAGUAAGGUGGGGAUGCUUUCUGCUUUGCCCCACUUGGUUAUGACCAUCAUUGUACCCAUUGGAGGCCAAAUUGCCGACUUCUUGCGCUCGCGAAGACUUAUGUCUACCACCAAUGUCCGCAAGAUGAUGAACUGUGGGGGGUUUGGCAUGGAAGCCACACUGCUCUUAGUAGUUGGUUAUUCCCACAGCAAAGGAAUGGCGAUUUCUUUUCUCGUCCUGGCUGUGGGCUUUAGUGGCUUUGCUAUUUCAGGAUUCAAUGUCAAUCAUUUAGAUAUUGCCCCUCGAUACGCCAGUAUCUUGAUGGGCAUCUCCAAUGGUGUGGGGACCCUGUCAGGUAUGGUGUGCCCACUCAUUGUUGGAGCAAUGACUAAACAUAAGACACGAGAAGAAUGGCAAUAUGUUUUCCUCAUUGCCUCUCUAGUACAUUAUGGUGGUGUCAUCUUCUACGGGAUUUUUGCUUCUGGGGAGAAGCAGCCCUGGGCUGAGCCAGAAGAAUUGACUGAAGAGAAAUGUGGCUUCAUCAACGAGGAUGAAUUAGCUGACGAGGAAGAUGAAGCAGCCCGCAUGGGAGCAGGGGCAGGCAGUGGUGGCUAUGGGGCCACCAAAAGUACCAGUUUUGCCAAUGGAGGUUGGACAGCUGACUGGGACAAAAAGGAGGAAUAUAUACAGGAGCCUGGGAAAGAUUCCUAUAUGUAUGGCGUGCCAGAACAACGAGACUUGUCAUAGAGAAUCCCAUCCUCCACCCUCAUGUGAUGAUGGGACCUUAGUUACAAUCCAUUGGAGUGAGGAGAAGGCUUCUUGUUCAGCCUUCUUCUCUAUCUUCCAUUACUUUACCAUCCUGUCCUACAACCUCCAUCCCAUUUCUGGUGUGUUGGCAAUCAGUGUCUGGUUGAAAACCAGUGUCUGGUUGACCUAUUAAAAAUUGCCCUUCCCAGCGAUCUGCUACACCUCAGUAAUGAUCCACAGGCACUUACUUUCAAGUGCUUUAUUUUACCCUUCCUUGUCUACAGGCCACUGUAUCUUCACACUGUACAUUCCUAUUGAAGGCUGAUGCUCCUUGAACCAAGGGGUUGAGUUAAAUUCCACACACCCAUUGCUCCUGAUUCUACCCAACAGUCCUUGACUGAAAAGCUUUGGGAUCACAGCAAAAACACUGCAACAUCCUCUAUCGAGUAUGAAAUGAAAACAUAGCUUAUGAAUAGAUCACACCCUUCAUAUUCAUAAGAUCCCAGGUUCAAUCCCGAAGCCAAGUGGACCAUAGGAAAAAAGUUGAUAUUUUGGUUUCCCUUCAGGACUUCUCAUAAUUAGGAAGUGGCUUGGCACCAACUCCAGCUUUUUAGUCUCUUACUUGGGUAGCCUUGUUCUGCAUCUAAUCUUUUGCCUUAGACCCUUCUGAUUCUUAGAAAUAAAUUAGACCUGUUUCCCUCAACAUCUUAUGCCUUUAGUACCUAUGCACCAACCAUCAUCCUGAACUGAAGAUGGGGGAAGCCAUUACAGUGGCCCUUAGGAUAAAUGCUUGCUCCCAUAUUUUAAAAAAUAGCCCAUUUUUCUGCUGUAAUCUAUAGGCCCAUGAUGGCAAACAUAUGGCACUUGGGCCAGAGGUGGCAUGGAGAGCCCUCUUUGUGGGCACGUGUGCCAUCGCCAGCUGCUCAUCUGCUUUCUGGUACACCAGCUGGUUCUCGCAGACCGGCUAGCUGGUCUUCGCAGGCGCUGGAGUGCCAGAAAAUGGCCAGAAAAUAGCUCAAAAAAUGGCCCGUUUUCAGGCUGUUUUUGGCCCAAAAAACAGCCUGAAAAUGCCCAAAAAAGAGCCUGAAAAAAACUGAAAAAUGGCCUGAAAACAGCCCCAAAAACGGCCAAAAAACAGACAUGAGUGCACCAGCCAGCUGGUCUUUGGGUUUCCAGUGCUCUGGUGUGCAUAAAGACCAGCUGGCCAGCAUGCAUGCACACUGGAAAUCCAAAGACCAGCUGGCACUCUGCCCCGUGCGCACGUGCACCCACCUUCCGGUUUGGGCACUCAGUGCCGAAAAAGUUUGCCAUCACAGCUAUAGGCCUUCAAAAUGCACCCAGGCAUUCCCAAAUAUUGUAUUAUGCAUUUCAGCAUUUUUUUUUUCCUGAGCUGUAAAUGAUUUUUAUGCUUAAUGGGUUGAUAUUUUCUUAGUGUGUACUGUAAAUCACUUUCUGUGUAACAAUAUCAAACUACCGUAUUUUUCGGAGCAUAAGACACAACUUAGUUUUUGGGGAGGAAAAUAGGGGAAAAAAAUUCUGCCUACCAGGUAUUCAUCUGGCUAGUCCUUAGCCUGGUCAACUUCAGCACAUUAGUUUUCUCGCUGGUUUUGAGGUUGGGGCGUCAGCUUCAGCACAUUAGUUCGCUUGCUGAUUUUGAGGUUGGGGCUAGUUGGGGCUAAAAAACAGCUUCUAAAGCACAGCUGAUCAUCGGAGGGAGCAACAAUUAGAAAAGCAGGCAAAGCAUUGCAGAUCACUUCCCUCUUGUUGGGGCUGUAAAACAGCUUCAAAAGCACAGCUAAUCCUCAGAAGGAGCUCCAGUGACUAAAGCAGGCAAAGCACGGAAGGGGUAAGAGAAGGCAGCAGUUGUUCUGGGUAGCCAUUUUGGGCACCGUGCGGGGGUUACAUUCAGAGUAUAAGACACACCCAAAUUUUCAGCCUCUUUUAGGAGGAAAAAAAGUGUGUCUUAUACUCCGAAAAAUACGGUAUCUCUCUCUCUCUCUCUCUCUCUCUCUCUCUCUCUCUCUCUCUCUCUCUCUCUCUCUCUUUCUCCCUGUCCCCGUCCCCCCCACCCAAUUCUUGGUAGCUUUAAAAAUAUCCAGUACUUGUUGGCUAUAUUCUCUCCCUGCCCAAUCCACCUCUUGGAAUUUCCUCAUAUUGUUUUGUUGCAGUUUUUUUUUAAUAAUGUAUAGCAUUUCAGACUUAUUUAAUGCACUUUACAUUCAAACGAUAAAAAUCUAAGCUUUCUUCAACACCCAAAACUUCAGAUGGCAAUAUUAUAGUCUAUUUUAAAGAAUAAUUGUAUUAAAAAUUGCAACUUCAUCAAUAAAAACAAAUACCAACUAAAAAAGAAAAAUAGGAAAAAUAGGAAAAGAAAGAAUAUAGUAAAGAAAAAGAAAAGAAAUAUAUAAAGAAAAACUUAGCACCUUCUCUUAAAAUACAACAAAUGAUCUCUUCUUCCCAUAUCCCAUCUCUUAUGUAUAAACAAUAUUUUUAGAAUCUCAUUAUUUCAGUCUCAAUCAGAAAAAAAUCCAUUAAGAAUAACCAGAGUUAACAACAUAUUUAUUUUUUUAGCCUUGAUCAAAUAAGCCAACUUUAUAUUCCUUCCUUGAAUUCUAAAUAAUCUUAAUCUUUUAUCCCUUCAAAUAAUGUUGUCCCUCCAAAUUUUUUUCUUUUUCUUCCAUCUCUUCUCAAAAAAGUCCUCAAAGCUUUAAGAAGAUUCUUUUAUAAAUCUAAUAUGGGAAGAUUAUCCCAGUCACUCUCUUGCUUUGUUAUUUAUAUAUCCCCUCUAAUUAUUAUCGGCUUCUUUUGUAUGUUCAGCAUAGCGUCAUUUUCUAUAUAAUUUUUGAAGCUUUUAAAUUCACUUUCAGAUCAGUCUCAGUCUGAUAAAACUAGUUCCUCUACCAUAACAUAUUUUAAACUAUCUGCCUACAGAGGCAGAAACUCUUAAUAUUAACUUCGGGAUCCAUUGUUCAAAAAUAUCCUUCAAUAAGUAAAAUAUUAAAAAAUUUGCUUCAUUAUGUAAAUGAAAUUUAAAUGAUCUUAUUUAAUUGUAACAUUUAGUUCCUUCUGUUGCCCUCUAGUGUAAACUUCAGUCUUUUUUUUUUAUAAUUCAAAACCAAAAGUAUUUUCCUACAUGAAGGAUUCUUAUAAUUAAGUCCAAAAUCUUAUUUCGAAUCCAUCUGGAUCCCUAGUCCAUUUGUAAUUUUCUAAAAAUCAAAAUUUUAAUCAUAAUUUUGCUAUUUAUUUUAGAAAAAUAGUCCUUGUUUUGUAUUACAAGUUUGUUAUAGAACUUGUAUUUAAAACUUCUUUCACUAUGAAUUGAAGGAAACUCAUCAGUUAUUGUAAAACCUGUUAAUCCAGGUUCCUAAUAGAUGGAAACUAGUUAACAAGCAAUUUCCAAAAGUAAUUAGAAAAGGAAGUACUCAAACCCUGUUUCCUUAAAGGCAUUGACAAAUGGGUUGAACAAGGAAGGUAUUCCCUUGUCUCUAAACCCACUGGAGCCCUCUAUAUUGCAGUCUCCUCACAAGAAAGCAAUUGCCUGGACUGGAGCAUUUAUAGGCUGUCAUUUCUUCGUCCAGAGAAAAAUUACAAAGAGCUGGUUUACUCACUGGCUCUUCAUUGUACUGUAGUUGUCAAUUCUUUUGCCAUUUCUUCCCCAGAAGGCAACAUUAUAUUCUAAAACCCUAAAGCAUUUCAGAGCAGAACAGAACAGAAUAAUAGAGUUGGAAGGGAUUUUGGAGGUUUUCUAGUCCCACCUACUGCUCAAGCAGGAGACCCUAAUAUUAUUUCAGACAAGUCUCUUCUUAAACCCCCCAGUGAUGGAGCAUCCACAACUUCUGAAGGCAAGCCAUUCCACUGCUUAAUUGUUUUCAUUAGAAAAUUUCUCUGUAGUUCUAGAUUGCUUCUCUCCUUGAUUAGUUUUCAUCCAUUGUUUAUGCUUUCUGGUGCUUUCAAAAAAUAGGCACUUUAAAGGCUAACCCAGUGUUAUCCCUUAAGCGUUUAUUUAUCACUGUCAUUCCAUCAGAUAGAUUAUAGUUUUUAUAACUACUUGUUCUCUUUCAUGAAACUAGCAUAGUCCCUUCAGAUAAUUUGAGCAUAUUGUUUCUCCCAGAUUCUUAUUUUAACCAGCCACAUAUUUACACUAUGCUUUAACAGCAAAUAUUAAAAAGCUUCCAAUUCACUUGUGAAUAGGUAUUAAAUAUUCCCAAUCAUGUUAUAUCAUUUAGAUUAGACUGUUGCUUUCAAUCCUAUGGGCUUCUCUUAAACAAACCUAUUAUACUUGAGCUGUUUCCUUCUCCAGGCAUGUAAAAACCUCUCCUUACAACAAUCUUAUAUGAUGAAUUUAGAGUGAGAAAUACAAUCAUGGAGAACUAGCUUCAAGUCUCCAUUCAAGUAUGGAAACUCACUGGGUGAAUCUGGAUCAGCCGUUUCCAGCUGAACCUCCCUCAAACAAUUGUGGCAGGGAUAAAAACAGGAGUACCCUUGGCCAUUGUACGUUACUUUCAGUUUCCUGAGGAAAAGUGGGGUGUAACUGGGGAUUUGAAUGAGGUCUAAUUAGCCAAACUCAGUUAAACACAUUGUACAUCACACUAUACCAGUUCUUAAAAAACAUGAUCCCUAUUUGAAAUCUUUGGUCAGUCUGCAGAUGUAGCACUGAUGCAGUAAGAGCUUAUAUUAAUUGACAUUGCAAACUCUUAACUAACUCUUUGGAGGUGCAACAGAGGAUGGUGAUCAAAUGAAUUUGGGAGGUUAUACCACUUUCCUUCUGCCAUCAUGGCCUCUAGUAAAGCACAAGGAAUUGUCACAUUGCUUUCCUAUCCCAUUAGGGAAAUAUACAAAUAUAUAUAUAUUUAAUUUUUGUAGCACAAUUAAUCAGAAUUAUCCUAAAUGUUGCUUUGGGGUAUGAAAAACCUGGAUUAUUUUGAGAAUGCUUCUGUAUAUAAUAGUCUUCAGGAUUGAUUUAAAAAUAAGAAUAAUUUUAUUGUGGCCUACCUCACAAGGUUCUUGUGAAUGAAAAAGGAUUGUAAAGCACUCUGCACUCUUAUGCAAAGGAUUACUAUGAUUAUCACAUUGAGGACAGAAGAGGAGAUAGUACUCCAUCCCAUAACACACAUACACAUAAUGCAAAAUAUACAUAAAUUAGAUUACCAGAACUAGGUUGCAAAAAUUUUGAAAACCACUAGGUGAUCAUAACCACUAGGUGAAAAACUUUGGUAAUGGCUAGAAAACCAUUUGGGGUUUUCUCCUUUGCUGCCACCUAGUGACUCUGAGUAAUUUUGCAGCCCAGAUGUAAUCCUACACAUAAACAUACCAGCUUUUCAUCAGAAAUCGUUUUACAAUAAAGCAUUAAGUUUGUUUGGAAAGUUUUCAGGCAACUUCAUACCACACAUACUGUUUUUUUGCAAUUUCACAAAAGCUAUUCCAACUAUAACAAAAAGAUGGACGGUGUUCAUCAAGCCCUCCUCCUCUCCUCUCUUUUAAACUCUCAAUUCUCCCUCCUGCUUCUCUCCAGUAGUUUCUCUGUGGGUUGGUUGGUUGGUCUAUCUGGUGUUUGCUCUAUACAUGUAGCUUCCCUCAUUGGAUAAUCCCCCUCCCUCAAGUUGGAAAGAAAUAUCUUGUUCUUGUGUAAAUAUAUAAAUAUUAUUUAUGAAACUGAAAAUGGUUUGGAAAAGAAUGUGUUGACUUGGGUGCUGGAAUAUGUCUUUUAUUCUCUCUUUUCAACCAUAGAGUUGUUUCCUACAUUGUGGGAAUUCCCACAUAGCCAGCCUGACUUAAUUCACCAAUCCAAACUUCCUCUAAUAUAUCUUCUCUUAUUAAGAUGUAUCUAUUCCACCUUCCUAGAUUCCAAAAAUAGUUGCAAUGCAAACAGAAAAGGACUUCUGGUGGAAGAUGAAUGCAACAUGAUUGCAAUGGGAACUCAACAAGUGGUAGUUGUAUUUAUUUAUUCACAAUAUUUUUAUAUCACUGCCAGAAUCGAUGACCUCUUCUAGGUUUUGUUGUUUCCCAUCAGUAGAGUCUUAUACUCACUUGCCUAGUCAUAAUUAUUUUUGUAUUAAUGCAUUUCCCUUAAAUAUGGCCAGCCAGUCUGGCUGGAUUAGGGAACUCUUCUUUGCUAACAAGAAGCCUGAAUCUCUGCCACCAAAUCUUGCCCUGAUGUCACUUCUAACACUACCGGUAGUAAGAUUCAAAACUUAAAAUGAAUCAAAGGGGUUUCUGCUGAGGUACCUACAUGUAAGAGGACUGAAUUUCGAAUCAAUCACUCCUAGAGGAGCAGCUUGCUUUAAGACAGGUGGGUGAGGGACAGACAAGUUCAUUUCCAGAUGCUCCUACUCAAAACUUGCUGAUUCCUUGUGGUCAAAUAUUAUUUUAAAGGGAAAGAUAUAAGCCAGGUUGUUUCCUCUACUGCUCCCCCAUCUCUAGUGUUGGCAACAUAUGCAGGCUGGUGUGACAUAGGAAAGGGCACAGAGUUUACACGUGGGUGGCCAGCUGCAGUACGAUUAAUCCAGGAAUAGACAGUUGGCCGAAGGAUUAGAAGGGAUGGGUGGGGAACAGAAGGUAAGACUCAGGACAGCAUUACAGAAGAGAAAGGAAAUGUUGAAAAUAAACUACAGAUAGUCCUUGAUUUACGACCAUAAUUGAGCCCACAAUUUAUGUUGUUAAGCAAGACAGUUGUUAAAUGAGUUUUGCCCCGUUUUACAACUUUUCUUGCCACAGUUGUUAAGUCGAUCAGUUGUUAAGCUAGUAACAUGAUUUUUUUUUUUUUUAAUUUGAUUUAUAUGCCGCCCUUCUCCGGAGACUCAGGGCGGCUUACAAUGCGUUAAUGUAUUGCGUUACAAUGAUUGUUAAGUGAAUUCGGCUUCGCCAUUGACUUUGCUUGUGAGAGGUCUCAAAAAGUGAUUACAUGACUUUGAGACACUGCAACUGUCAUAAAUAUGAGUCAGUUGCCAAGUGUCCAAAUUCGUGUGACCAUAGGGAUAUUGCAAUGGUUGUGUAAAAAUCAUAAGUCCCUUUUUUCAGUGCUGUUGUAAAUUCAAGCAGUCCCUAAAUGAUUGGUUGUAAAUUGAGAACUACCUGUAGUCUAUAGCAGCAGUCCUCAACCUUUCCGGCUCUGCAGUCUGGUGGCAGCGGGUGGAGAAGGGAUGGUUUCACGCAUAUGUGUGCCAUUUGCACAAAUGCAGCUUUGCAUGCUCAGAGGUUUGCCUGUUGACUGUGUGCCCCGGUUCCCAAUGGACCAUGGCCCAGUAAACAUCUUCAUUUUCAGCUCCUCUUAAAAAGACAGAAGAGAGAAAGAAUGAGAGAAUGUACAUGUGUGCUUGUACUUAGGCUGGUACAAAUAAUCCUCAACCUACAGCCACAGUUGGGACUAGAAUUUCCAUCGCUAUGUAAUGUGGUUAAGUGAGUCAUCAUAUGACAACAUCUGAUUUCAUGACCCUUUUUGCUGUGGGUGUUAAGCGAAUCUGGAUUUGCUUAUUGACUUUGCUUGUUGGAACCUCCUGGGAAGGUCACAAAUGGUGAUCAUGAGACCCUGGGACAUUUCAACCAUCGUAUAAACAUGCACCAAGCACCUGAAUCAUGAUCACAUGACUGCGUGGACACUGUGAUGGUCAUAAGUGCCAGAACUGGUUGUAAGUCACUUUUUUCAGUUGUAAUUUCAAUUACUAAAUUAAUGGUCUUAAAUUGAAGACUAUCUGUAUUUGCGCCAGCAAGACUGUAACCUGUAUGCUGCAAGGAACCUCAGGAAACAGCAAACUAAAGAGAAUGGUUGUAAUCUGCAAAGGAGAUUUCACAUCCCAGAAUGGAUCCCAUCAUAUCCCAGGAGCCUAGCAGGAUCUAUAUGUUGCUGAUUCCACAUUAAGAACUCCUAGCCUAACAAUCCCUAGGUUCCCCCAUGCUUUGUGGCUGGUAGCAGUGGUGGUAUUCAGCCAAUUCACACCUAUUCGGGAGAACCGGUUGUUGGAAGAAAUCUUAUUUUGUUUUUUCCACUUUAUGGGGCUAAUCCUGUAAGGAAGGCAGGAAGGAAACAUUCUGGUGGUGUUUCUAGCCUAAUCUUUAUUGCCCUGCUUACAGAAACUGCCUCUCUGGUUAACUCUUAUUACAUUGUAACAGCUAAGGUGAAGUUCCCAUCAACAUGAGUGACAUUGAGUUGGCCAUGCCCACACAGUCACAUGACCACUGAGCCAUGCCUACCCAGCUGGUCAUUAGGGCAAAGAACCAGUUGUUAAAUUAUUUGAAUCCCACCACUGGCUAGUAGCUUCAAAAUCUUACCUGCCUACCGAUUCCAAUAACACCUCCCCAAAUAAGAUGGGAGCAGCUACACACUUUAUCCGUCAUGACUGGCAGUACACAAAAUAGCAAUUAAUGCUGGAGACAUCAGUCUGAAAAAGAAAAACCAAGGACAGCAUAAUGAUACCUGGAAUAAAAUUGAAAAUCUCAGAACAUUCUCAUUAUAUUAUAAAUUAGGCUCUAGGCAGGGCCGGAUUUAGAUGAAAAGAGGCCCUAGGCUAUUCCACUUAUGAGGCCCUUUCACCUAUAGUGAAAGUGUAAUUUUAAUUUUGCUAACAAUUUGAAUGUAGGCCCCUCUUGAUCUUGAGGCCCCCUCUUGAUCUUUAGGCCCUAGGCUGAAGCCUAGUUAGCCUAUAGGAAAAUCCGGCCCUGGCUCUAGGUCUCUACAGAGGAAUUAUUGAGUCUGUCAUCUGCACCUCUAUAACUGUCUAGUUUGGUUCUUCAAUCCAACAAGACAGACACAGAUUUCAGAGGAUAAUUAGAACUACAGAAAAAACAAUUACUACAACCUGCCUUCCAUUGAGGACCUGUAUACUGCACGAGUCAAAAAGAGGGCUGUGAAAAUAUUUACAGACCCCUCGCAUCCUGGAUAUAAACUGUUUCAACUCCUACCCUCAAAACGAUGCUAUAGAGCACUGCACACCAGAACAACUAGACACAAGAACAGUUUUUUCCUGAACGCUAUCACUCUGCUAAACAAAUAAUUCCCUCAACACUAUCAAAGUAGUUACUAAGUCUGCAUUGCUAUUAAUCUUCUCAUCGUUCCUAUCACCCAUCUCCUCCCACUUAUGACUGUAUGACUGUAACCUUAUUGCUGAUAUCCUUGCGAUUUAUAUUGAUUGUUUCCUAAUGUGAUUUGAUUGCUUAUUUGUUCCCUAUGACUAUCAUUAAGUGUUGUAAGUGUUGUAUCUUAUGAUUCUUGACGAAUGCAUCUUUUCUUUUAUGUAUAUCGAGAACAUAUGCACCAAGACAAAUUCCUUGUGUGUCCAAUCGCACUUGGCCAAUAAAGAAUUCUAUUGUAUUCUUGA